CAAAGCCACAGACGCUCGCAAAAUCCUCCCUCGCCUGCAGCACACAAACACACACACAGCUGGCUGUGAACUCUCCAUCUUUUUGACAACAUCUGCAGGCCAUUCUGCAGGGAAGCCAGCCGUAUCCGCCUCAGGGAACAGUAGAACAGAGAACAACAUGUGACAAUCCGUGCUCCACUGUCGGCAGUAUGCUUCGCCUCCACUGGAUAUUAGCUCUCUGCUUCUGGUACUUUCUAUUACUUCACAGGUGGGCUCUGGCAGAUGAAGAGGCCGGCUGGGGGCCGACAACAGCAAACAAGAAUCCACCUGAGAAGAAGCCUAGCAAUAAUUGGUGGACCCCGUCCUUGCCAAAGUUUCCAUCCCUCCCCUCGCUUUCAUUCCGCAUCCCUUUCUAUGGAAGUUCAGAUGACAAAGAUGAAGCAGCUGCCUCAAUCACAGCUUCCAAAGGGCUGACAGAAGUAGCUAAUCACUUGCAAGACAAUACAGGAUCAGGAGAAGGGAUUGAUUCGGAAGAAUCUCAGUCGCCCACCGCAUUGACUCAGGGGCUCCUCACGAGCGUGACAGAGAUAAGAACUGAAGCGCUUCCCACUGGGACACCAGAUACCCCACACAGCAGCAUAGUUCAGAGUGACAAUGAUGCUUUUGUUUCUCCCACAAUCAGCUUUAUCAGAAAUACUCUGUUCGCCAACAGUCUCACCAGCAGCAACGCUCUGGAACAAAAUACAGCAGAUGCCCACCCACCACGGGAAACCACAACAGUAACAAAACCCAGCAUGGGUGUGACUACACAACACCUCACAGAUGAACAAAGUGUUUAUCGAAACGCAGAAGAUUUAUCAGUGAGGGUUUACUCAACAAUACCACCAGAAACUACAGUACCCACUGCUUUGACGUGGGCUUCAGCCCAAACAACAACACUAAACCCAGGACAGGUGGCACCGACCAGCACGCAUGUUCUGAAGCCUGUUACUCAGCCUACAUUUAUUAGAGGACAAAGAAAUUCAACUGGUAAUGUAGAGGAUAAGUCACUAGUGGGCACGAUGUCAGAAAUCCCACACACUCAAAGCCAUGCUGGUCAGGGCUUUUCUGGAACCACGACUCUGAAUCCUGAAAACCAGUCAGAGGUGUGGUCCUCUACCCUCAGGAUCGAUCAUGAACAGAUUCAAGAAUUCAUAGCAAGCACAACUCAGAGCCAAAGGUCCAACUCCCCAACUGCAGGAGAGCUGCCAGGCAAAGAGGUUAAACAGGAAGAUGAAGGUGCGCUUAGUUCCGCUGCAGAUGAAGAUGCUGACACAAGGCUGACUGCUGUUUCCACACCACCCGCUAAGCGGCUAACCACCACGACACAGAGCACAGACAUUCUCCCUGAAUCUCCAUCUAUUCUGCUGUACACUGAAGACUGGAUGUCCAACCUGCCGAACAGCGAGGGCACCCUACUUCCAGACUGUAAUAAAGAACGCUCUGGAAUCUGCAAUUUUUCCUACACCUGGGAUGCCAAACCUUCCUCAGGCAUCAAGCCUACGCUAAACAGCACUGCCACAAACCAGUCAAACAGCCCCUUCUUAAACCCAGCCCCACCCAUGUUGGUGCCCUUGUACACUGACUGGAACAGUGCCAUGGCAGACUGGGGCCUGGCUUGGGAGGCACACAUAUAUGGUGUCGGCUGUGCCUUUGCCAUGCUAACUUUAGUCUCAGCACUCAAUCUGCUUUGCUUGCCUCUGCGUUGCCCAUCAGGAUGUGGCUACUUUGCUCUAGUCAGCUUGUUCCUUCUUGCCGCUGGUUGCACAAGGUCUUUUUCUCUACUAUAUGAUGCCUAUGGCCACCAGGACCGCAUACCCUCCACAGAGGCCUCACUGAUGCUCUACGAAGCACCUUUCCCUUGCAUCACUGCAGCUUUCGGUUUGGUUUUUCUUCUCCUCUCAAUGCGCUCAAGAAUGCAGCUCUCGUAUUCAGCCUUUCAGAGACCCUGUUUCCUGGCCUGCCUUGUUGUGUUGCACUUCACUGCUGCAUUCGGACCUGUGACUUUCCUGAAGUUCUACCAGCAAAAACCUUCUUUGUGCCUCCUUUUGUCACUCAUCUCCCGUGGAGCCUUCGUGGCACUGGCAACGUUUCUAUCCGCAGCCUAUUUUGUCUUUUAUAUCUAUGUUCGUGCAGACUCAAAGCACAUCUAUCACUUGAAUAACACAUCGCCAACACCUGCCGAGCGCUACAACCGCUGUCCGUUUGCCGAGAGCCGUGACUGGAACCGUGCAGCUGUAACCGUCUGCCUUUCUGCGUUGUUUUCUUUAGCAUGUGCAGGACUACAGCUAUAUGCAGUGCUUAAUGCUAUGGGUGUAGCAGGUGGAGAGGUGGUCUUCCAUCCUUGGCCCUGGUGGGCUUUUCAGUUUAGCUGCAGAUUGUGUGAGCUCGGAGUUUGUCUAACCUUAGCUUUGGUGGUUGCACAACCAGUAUUUUGUUCUGAUCAGCUUCCAGCUGCUGGAAGUUGUUGGACUGAACUCUUGGCAUCCAAGUCACCCAUCCUGCCCGGGACUUAUCAUUGGACACUUAGCCAACAAGAAAAACUUGCCAUUGUCGACACUGUUGGGCUCGGAGAAACAGAAAGCCUUCCACUGUACACGCUGAUGGAUGAAAGACUUGGGAGUAGUUUGAACGGCCUGGACCUCCUGUACCACAGCAACCGCGCCUUAGUAUACCGAGACCUCGACCUGGAUUUGGGAACUCGGGGUUUAGAAAAGCCUGAGGAUGGCAGAGGCAGAGAGCCAUCAGGAGGAUCCUCAUUUACCAGUGACUCCACAACAGACCUGCGGCCACCUUCUCCAAUCAACCUACGCCGUAGCAUAGAUGAAGCGCUCUUCAGCGAGGCCUUGUUCCCCAUGAGCCUAUUUAGCCCUACUAGGCCAUUCUUCUGCAGUGACACGCCUGUAAACAACCACUGGACGCUUCCAAGCAAAGGCCUCUGCGAUCCUCUCUCAGCUGAUCCUGGAUUUUAUCGAACCUCCUCUUGCCAGGAGAUGGCCUCUCAACCCCACAGUGCUCAGCCUAAAUGUGUCGAAGGUGCUCAAGCAUCUUCUUCCAUGUGCUCAUCCUCUAGUUGUUCAUCACCUGAACGUUGGAGAGGUAGCUCAUCCUCAUGCUCCCUCUACCGAACUUCCCUUGGAAGUUCUUCUCUUGUCCUAUGCCCAAGCCCAGAAAGACACUCGGGGCAACUUCAAGGGAACACAGGGCAUCACGUGGCGUCCUCUAACUUGCAGAGGCACUACCAAACUCUGGGAGCUGCCUCCCAGGAGAGCUUAGACCUGUCUGCUGAGGCAGAUCGCUCUGUGCAGGAGGAAUUUAUCAGUGUUUGCAGACAAAUGGAUUCUUCAAGCAUCUGCAGUGAGACUAUAGACUUAUGAAGAAACUUUUCUCAAAGAGGACCUAAAAUGAGCGUAUGUGUUGUGCAGCAAGUUGGCUGGAUUUUCCCAGUGGUUGAUAGUGCAUGUCAGCUUCAUAUACACUGUAAAAAGACUACAGCUGCCAAAAAGUUUUGGGAAGUUUAUUCAUUUCUUUAGUGAAUGUUCCUGAGAGUCCAAGUGCCAAGAACUGUCAAAAGCCAAGAGACCAUUUGUAAAUUUCAUGUCUGAUAAAAGCUAAUGAAGUU